AUGCGGCUUCUCAACACUAACACCGCACGAUUGAAAGAAUUCGCCAAUCACGAGGAGAUCCCGUCGUAUGCCAUCCUCUCGCAUGUCUGGCAACAGCAGGAGCAGACGCUACAAGAGGUUCAAUCCCUGGAUCCCCAAGACUGUCCUCGCGAUCAUGUCUCCCCGAAGAUCAGACAGUGCUGCAUCUUUGCUGAAGCUGAAGGGUUCGAGUGGAUCUGGAUCGACACUUGUUGCAUCGACAAAACCAGUAGCGCCGAGCUUUCUGAAGCGAUCAAUUCGAUGUACGCAUGGUAUGCUAUUGCGGACGUCUGCUACGUCUGGCUCCAUGACGUGGAUGACACUCAUCCAUCCCGGCACCGCUCGUUCUCGAAGAGCAUCUGGUUCCAGCGCGGCUGGACGCUCCAAGAGCUGAUUGCCCCUGCAUACGUCGUCUUCUUAUCUCGGGACUGGCACACGCUGGGCACCAAGCAGACCUUGGCACACCGGAUAGAAGAGAUCACAGGGAUCGAUUGCGAUGUUCUCCUGCGGCGAGUCGAACUCUCUCAGAUCAGCGUCGCUCGGCGUAUGUCCUGGGCGGCCUUCAGGAAGACCACCCGCUUGGAAGAUCGCGCCUACUCCCUCCUGGGCAUCUUCGACGUCCACAUCCCGACGAUCUAUGGGGAAGGAUCCAAUGCGUUUUUGCGACUCCAGCUGGAGAUACUCAAGCAAUGCCCCGAUCAGAGUCUGUUCGCAUGGGGUCCCCCUGCCAUUGAUUACGACGCCCUCAUAGCCAAUGGCACUAGCCCCACCUUCGUUGGUCCAGAGCUGGAAGAUCCCUCGCUUGGAUCCCUACUUGCAGUUUCUCCAUCCAACUUUGCGAACUCGUCGGAUAUCACGCCUAUGUCGCUCGAUGUCUUGGGAGAGCGCAUAGACCUUGAGGGGAUGCGUCCCCCGGACUACACCUAUACCAGUUACGGCAUCCGCGCUACAUUUCCCUUGGUCAACGUCCCCAUCUCUCGUAAUCCUAUCAUCUUGCUCGCCGUUCUUGCAUGUCAGGAUUCGCACGACAACCUUAUCGCCCUUCUCCUGCACCAGCGUCUUCGUGAUGCCAGCGCGUACUAUCGCUACCAUGUAGGCGUGGAUCUCAAAGCGCGCACCGCGUCCGACAACAAUCAUAACCCGCCCUUCUCCCGCUGUUAUCGCACGUGCACUAUUCCGCUGCAAUCGCUUGCGCUCCUCCUGAAGGAGGACCGUCAACGGCAGAUUCAGAUUGGAGAUGUCUACAUCGACAACCCUAAGGCGACCUUUCCCCGUCCUCUUCGAAACCUGCCAUCCGUUGCGUCCAUCGGUCGCGGCAUAGCCGCAACGUCAUUCUUCAACGUGCUGGGUAAGGUUGAGAUUACUCUCAAGCGAUGGGAGGGGUGCCGAAGGAGCCAGGCCACGUUCGUCUACCUCGUCGAGCUGAAGCUCGCGCCCGCGGGCUCUGAAGCCGCGGAGCGCCCCCUGUCGUUCAUGAAUUACACCGAGGCACCAACUACAGGGGGCGGGUUCAUCCUGUAUGACGCCAACGCUCCCGACGCUGAACCACUGCCCAUCAAGAACGCUUUGCAGCUGGAAGGAUCAGACAUGGCCUCAGUAGCAGCAGAUGGCAUCAAGAUCUUCGUGAGCACCCAGACGGAUUCCACGGAAGACGAGAGAGACACUGGAUCUCACCUCUCCCCGCUGCUGACGUUGUCACCUCUUUCCGCCGGCCCAGAGCGAGGCCACACCAGACGACAUUCAAGUCCGAACCCUGAACCUUUCUCUUACGCGGGUGGCCCCUACAAUAACGCAUCACUUCCUAGGCAAGUCUCUCCGAGCCGUUCGUUACAUUCUCCAGAAUUGCCUUCGCCAUAUCUUUCUCCCCAUUCUCCGAGUACAGCAUCCUUUGACCCAGCGUUCCUUUCUCCGCACCAGUCGCCGAGACCGCCCACGAGACCGCUGCCAUCGGAUACCUCCGUCUCCCCGGGGCACUCUCCCCGCGGAUGGGAUGGACGCGAGCUUCCGUCGGAAACAUAUGAUGCCCUCCGUACGCCGCGCCUUCCAUACAGCGCACUGCCCUCGCCGUCAGUCUUGACCGACGAGCUCCCAGAACACUCGCUUUCUGCGCCUGUAUCCCCAUUCCUAGGGCUCCAGCGAUAUGCUGCAAGUGCGACGCAUACGCAAAGGGGCCGAAGCCCAUCUCACGAACGCGGGCACGUUUCACGCUGGUCAUAG